AUGAACGACUUCUGGGUCAAAGCAAUACUCUCUUCCACGAAUCCCAGCCCUGUACCUUCCACAACUUCGACCUUCUCUAACGAUGAGAAUCUGGAGAAAGGAUUCGAGUCGGACUGUUCCACACAGAGUUCGUUCUCGUCGCUUCCGAUGUUCUGGAACCCGGGACUUCUGCAGCAGAUGCUAGCUCUCUACCAGAUCCAGCAGCAACAGUUCCAGUUCACGCCGAAGCUUGUCUCUCCACCAGUGGUUAGUUCCACCACCUGCCGGAGGCUUGUCUUAUAUCAUCCAUUUUCAGAUGUUCCCGGAGCCUCUGAAAGAUGCGCAUCCAUUGCUCUCUCGCAAACGCCAACUGCUCCCGGAGGCCAAGAAAUCCAAGCUGCGCAAGCUGAACGAGGAUACCGUAACGAGCUCUCCAGUCAGCGGAAUGUUCAUUAAGGUUCGAGGAUCGGUUUCUUUUGAGCUUCUCGUCCAAAUCGGCACCGGUUGUCUUAAUUAGAUGUGAUUAGCAUAUGAGAGCUUUUGAAUAGCCGUAGAAAGAAAACGGAAGACAGAAGGGCGGAAGACGGGCGGCGCGGAAAAAAGGAGCAAAAGCUGAGCCGGCUCGGCGGGUUAAUUACCACCCGCUGGCUGGCGACCGUCUGCCACUUUCGGCAUUCUGUGACAAUGAUUUACGGCCAAUGACACCAAGUGGAUGUUGCAGGAAGAGACCGAUGUGAAGCCAGUCGAAGAGCUGCAAAAGGAAGCGGAUCUUCUGGAUGAGACGGCCGCCUACGUGGAAGUGACCGAGGCGUCACGACAGAAGAUCGACGAGAUUCCGAAUGUCAUCGGAGACUGUAUCUGCCGGCUGUGCAAGGUGAAAUACGAGGAUGUGUUCAAGCUGGCACAACACAAAUGUCCCCGAAUUGCGCACGAGGAGUACAAGUGUCCAGACUGCGAUAAGGUUUGUUUUCGGGAUUAAUCGAGUGGGAUCCCCGGUUCAGAAGCUUGUCUCUCACGACGUCUUCCCACCUGCCCCCUCUUUCAUAUCACUUACUGGCACUCUCCAGUACACAAAGACCAUGCCUAAUCCCCACUUGACGAAUCAUACAGCAAGCUCAUUGUCGAGUCGGCUUCUUCUAGUCAUCCUCUGUUUAUUCACACCCCUGCCGAGACGGCUUCUUUUCAAUCCAACCAGCUGGUGCUUCCAUUCACAAUCAAACAAUUUGCAGGUGUUCUCGUGUCCGGCCAAUUUGGCAUCGCAUCGCCGCUGGCACAAACCCCGUAAUGAGCUCGUCAACGGAAGUGUCGUCGUCUCCGCUCCAUCGGCCGUCUCCUGCUCCACCUGCUUCAAUUCGUUCCAACGAAGAAGAUGCUCAAGCUGCACUCGUCGACGUGCCAGAGAUCUCCCCUUCAAGACCUGCUCUCGAGAGUCAUUCCCUCCAUGUAACCCUCUUCUUUUCCCUAUUACCCCCCGGUCAAUGUCCAUCCAAUAGUCUCUACGUAUCCAUCCGAGUUGACCUCGUUCCCACAUAACCCUUCGGCUUUCCAUCCGAUCUCUCCAGGAUUCUUGUCAUAG